AUGAGACACUUGAUCAGGAUGUUCAAGUCGUCCACAGGAUACUUCUCAAAUGUCAAAUGCCCAAAGCUGGAGCAGUGCAAGCUCCCUAUGUGUGUGUUCAGUCAUGGUGCCAAAAGAUCGUUAUCUACCAUGGCGAAAGAUCAGAAUGUGAAGGAGAAUUUGAAAGAUAAAGUGGUACAAUCAGAUAACAAAAGAGCCAAAAUCCAGGAUAGUAUACUAGCAAGUGUUACUCAAAGGACAAAUAAUGGUUCUGAAGAAGAUGGUAAUGUCAAAGAUCUUGAUUUGUGGGCUCCGAAACAAUUACCAGGAGUUGGUGCACCUGCUACUAUUCAACAAAGAAUCAAAUACAUUUCAGCAUUAAUUAAUCAGUAUACGAAGCAUAAUAUUAGUCUUCCAAAGAGGAAAGCUGUGGAGAAAGAGUAUGAGAUUGCUUUGAAAAAUAAAAGUACAACAUAUUCAUUUGCAAUGAAAUCAGCUAUAAGUAAAGCUAAAACCAAUCAACAUGAUUAUACUUUUGAUCCUAAAGGCAAAAAUAAAGGUAAAGUUUUAAAUGAAAAUGAACAAUAUGAAGCUGUAAAAAAUUUAGUUCAUACUGUGGAGAAAUUGAAAAAAAACCAAUAUGCAACAGAGAUUCCAACUGAAUAUUUAUAUGAGGUUAAAGAUCGUAAUUUGAAAAAAUGUGAUCAUUGUUCAGAACAUUUUUAUUUUGAUAAGAUCCAUGAAACUACCAAAUGUCAAUAUCAUGAACGCAGGAAAAGAGUUGUUACAAAUGCUGGUGAAAGAACUGCACAUUGGGAAUGUUGUGAUCAAGUUGUUGGUGAAUCCCAAGGUUGUAAAACUAUAAAUCAUCAUGUUUUCAAAGCUUCUGAUCCAUUUGAAUUAGAAAAUUUAAUAUCAUUUAGAAAAAGUCCAAAAGCUGCAGAGGGGGAUAAAAAACGUCAAAUUGUUGGGUUAGAUUGUGAAAUGGGUUAUACUACAAGAGGUUUAGAAAUGAUUAGAUUAACAAUUGUUGAUUUUUUUUCAGGUUCCACUAUAUUUGAUGAAAUUGUUAAACCAUCAGGUGAGGUAUUAGAUUUGAAUACAAACUGGAGUGGUGUUAGUAAAAUUCCACCUGAAUCAUUAACACUUGAUGGAGUUUAUGAUGUUAUUCUUGGAUCAAUUAUCAAUGAAGAUACCAUUAUUGUUGGUCAUGGUCUUGAAAAUGAUUUGAAUGUGAUGAGAUUGGUUCAUCAUAAUAUUGUUGAUACUGCAAUUUUAUUUCCAAAAUCUUUAGAUAAGAAAUUUUCGUUGAAAGAUUUAUCAUUUCAAUUCUUAGAUAGAAAAAUUCAAGGUGGUGAACAUAGUUCUGAAGAAGAUUCUUUGGCUGCUAUUGAUAUUAUCAAACAUCAUAUUUCACAUUCAUAG